UAUCAGCUUGAUUAAAAACUUUUGUGGCUCGCGGUCCACUUGAGAUUUGGAUCUAUUUCAUUUUUGGGCUCAUGCCAUAAGAUGAUUUGGAAAAACAAAUAUCAGCAUGCUGCAAGUGUAGGAUUCUUCAGACACAAUACUUCUUAUGCUUAGAAGAAUGUAAUAGAGUUUUCCUAAUCUUGUUUGAUUUUAUGACAGUUGUAAUAUUGGAUCAAUUAAUUAUGAUUGAUACAAUUAAUUUUUGCAAAAGGUGGGCCUCUCAUGCACAGCUUUAUCAGGCCAUGCAUAUAUUCUAUCAAACAUUUUAUAUUUCCUUAGUAGUUGAUUGACCCUCCAAGUCCAAAAAAAGAAAAAAAAAAAAGUAGUUCCACACUUUUGAGUUUUCAUUUUCAUGGUAUUGAGGCAGGGAUGAUCCUCUAAUACUGGAUUUACCAGACAGUUUCUUUCAGCAUUGCAUUUGGAUAUGUGGAUUGGGUAUGCUGAAAGUUCAUCUAAGCAAUAAAGUAAUCCUUAUUUUUAAUCAAUUUGCACCUUCUUGUUGUUUCAUUUUGCUGAAGCCCAUGUUCCUGAAACAUUUCAAAUCCAGACAAUUGGUACUGCUUAUUGAAUUUUCUAUAAUCCAUGUUUUCUAUGUAGGUAAGCAGAUAUUUACAAGAAAAAGCUUGUGUGGUUGAUAGGUUGCAAUCACUUGAGUGGUUUUGUUAACAUCAUUUCAACUUUAGGUUGCUUGCAUUUAUGAUGAGUAGGUUUUUCUUGAUGUUUCAUGUGUUGACUAUUACAAAAGAUUUUGAGGAAAGGUCAAAUUAUUAUGACACAUUGCUUGCUGCUGAAUCUCGUGCAAUCAAUGGAAAGAAAGGGAUCCAUUCUGCAAAGGAUCCCCCAGUCAUGCAUGUAACGGACCUGCUGACGGCAUCUGCAAAAAAAGCUAAAGAUUUCUUGCCCGUCUUGCAACAGAGUAAAAGGCUACCCGCUGUUGUGGAUUACGUCCUUAGUGGUCAUCGGUUUAAAUUGCUGAUCUGCAAGGAAACUUGCAGCAUUCCAUUCUCAUUCUCUGGUGUUAGAUGCCCCAGCCGCGAUGAGCCUUUCUCAGAUGAAGCAAUUGCCUUCAUGAGAAGAAAGAUCUUGCAGAGGGAUGUAGAGAUUGAAUUCGAAACAGUUGAUAGAACUGGAACCUUCUUGGGUUCUUUAUGGGAAUCAAAGACCAACAUGGCUGUGGUUCUUCUAGAGUCUGGGUUGGUAAGGCUUCAAACUGCUUUUGGUGCUGACAGGAUUCCUGAUUCUCACCUACUUGCAAAGGCUGAGCUGUCUGCAAAAAACCAGAGAUUGAAGAUUUGGAAAAAUCAUGUUGAAGGACAGGAAGCUACUAAUGGGUCAUCAGUGGCUAAGACCAAACAGAAGGAAGUGCUUAAGGUGGUGGUUACUGAGGUACUGGGCGGUGGCAAGUUUCAUGUCCAAACAGUUGGAGAUCAGAAAGUGGCUAUUAUUUAGCAGCAACUAGCUUCAUUGACCUUCUGAGAUCCUCCUGUCAUUGGCGCUUUUAAUCCUAAGAAGGGGGAUAUUGUCCUUGCUCAGUUCAGUGCAGAUAAUUCUUGGAACAGGGCCAUGGUGAGACUCUCAUUAACUACAAAAAGUGGCUCCUUUUAUGUUCUGGAAAAGUUGGUGGCAAUCACUAGUUGUCAGUAAGCAGUAUUUAUAAUUUUAUUGGCUUUGAUGCACCAUCUGGCAUAGCUGUGGUUGGGUUAAGCAAUCA